AUGACAGAGUUCUGGUUGAGCUCUGCUCCUGGAGAGAAGAACUGCCAGCAGACAUGGGACAAGAUGAACAUGGCCACAGCUCAGACCAACCUGUCCACUAACCACAAGUUCAACAUACCUGAACUGAAAGUGGGGACUCUGGAUGUCCUUGUUGGGCUGUCUGAUGAGCUUGCCAAAUUGGACUCUUUCGUAGAGAGUGUAGUGAGGAAAGUGGCCCAGUACAUGGCUGAUGUGUUAGAGGACAGUCGAGAUAAAGUUCAGGAGAACCUUUUGGCCAAUGGGGUUGAUCUAGUCACAUAUGUUACAUGGUUCCAGUGGGAUAUGGCCAAGUAUCCAGUCAAACAGUCCCUUAAGAACAUCUCAGAGAUCAUGUCCAAUCAAGUGAGUCAGAUUGACAGUGAUCUCAAAGCCAGAGCUUCAGCUUAUAAUAGCCUAAAAGGGAACCUGCAGAGUCUGGAGAGAAAGAAUGUAGGGAGUCUUUUGACUAGGAGCUUGGCUGAUAUAAUCGAGAAAGAUAAUUUUGUUCUAGACUCUGAAUACCUUACUACUCUGCUAGUAGUUGUUCCAAAGACUAGUUAUCCUGACUGGCAGAAGACAUAUGAAACUCUUUCUGAAAUGGUGGUUCCAAGAUCCACAAAGCUUUUAUUUGAAGACCAAGACAGUGGGCUGUUUAGUGUUGCACUCUUUAGGAAGGCUAUUGAUGACUUCAAACACAAAGCAAGAGAAAACAAGUUCACAGUGCGUGAUUUUCAGUACAAUGAAGAGGAGAUGAAAGCAGACAAAGAGGAAAUGACUCGCCUCUCCACUGACAAGAAAAAGCAAUUUGGUCCUUUGGUGCGUUGGCUUAAAGUAAACUUCAGUGAGGCUUUCAUCGCAUUGAUACACAUCAAGGCACUCCGGGUUUUUACAGAGUCAGUCUUGAGGUAUGGGCUGCCAGUGAAUUUCCAGGCCAUGCUGCUUCAGCCGAACAAGAAGAAUGUAAAGAAACUGAGGAAAGGUCUGCAGGACCGUUACAAACACUUGGACAGCAGUGCUACUGUUAUUGAUGCAUCUAUGGACAUCCCAGGUCUGAAUCUCAGCCAGCAAGAAUACUAUCUGUAUGUUUACUACAAGAUCGACUGCAACCUCCUUGAGUUCAAAUAGAAUUCAAAUUCCAAUGCACCAUUCCAUCCUGCAUCACAGAGACUGAACCCAAUAAUUUAUUAAACACUUACUUCCUCUCACUGCCUCAUUCCUUUAUCAUUCCUGCAGAUCACUAUUUCAAAUAACAGGUCUCAGAAUCUCACCAUCUGUGUUGUGGUUUCAUUUGUUUGAGGAUUUUCAAGGUUUUUAAAAUUUGCCCUUCAAGGGACGUGUGGUCCAACACUGAACACUCGUCUUUCGCUGAGCCCAUAAUGGCUCUGCAUUCUGUUGUUUUUAAUUUUCUGUUGGUGCUUACUCUGUGCGGGUAAUGCAGUGAUUAUGUUUAAUUGUGUUG